AUGAACAACGUUCAAUUGCUUCAAGUUGAUCUCACUCAUUUAAGUUCAGAAGCAAAGAAGAGGUAUCCCGAUGUACGACAGCUAGCAGAUUCUGUCAUCAAGAGCCUAAAGUCGUUGAAUGCAACAACUCAACUUAAGGAUAUUACCGAUGAUAGUUUGAGAUUACAAACUAUCAAUGCAUUGAUACUAGCAUGUGAUUCGGGGAACUUAAAGCUCAACAAUGCCUCAAUCCCAAUCAUGCAGAAACUAAUUCAAGCGCGUUUCAUACCUAAGGAAAAACUCAAAGAUGUGUUGAGAACCUUCUCCGAUAAUUCGCACUUGGCCGAGGGGGUACAAGUGAGGAUUCUCCAGUGCCUUCAACAAUUCACUCAGGAGUACAAGCAAGAUAUUUCCGGAGUUGUGCUAUCCAGUAUGGUCGGUCUUUGUUCUGGGUUGACAACUACAAAUAAAGCGUCAAAUGUACUGGGUGUCGCCUCUGCUACUUUGGAGCAAGUCUUUUCCAAUGUAUUUGAUAACAUCAGUGACGCACCUCUAACAGGAAGUAACGAAAUCAAAAUUGAAAAUGAAUUGGAUGUACAGGUUGAUGAUGCUUCAUACGAAGGGUUCCGCGUCUUUGAAGAUUUGAAUAGUUUGGCAACAAACAAGAAACCGAAAUUCUUGAAUGCUGGAAUCACAAUUCGAAGCCAAUCUGCUCUCGAUAUAAUUGAAAAUGUUAUACUUCUGCAUGAUAAACUAUUCCGACAGCACAAGGAGUUGGCUUAUUUGUUGCGUGCUCAAACAGUUCCCUCCUUGUUGAAGGUUUUAAAUUCACCUUCAAGAAGCUAUCAAUUGACUCAGAGAUCCAUACGAGUAAUUCAAUCAUUGCUCACCACCCAACUCGAGAGUCUAGAGAUUGAAGUUGAGCUAAUAUUAUCCUAUUUGAACCAUGCAUUGCUCGAAAAUGACAAUCAUCAAAACGGAUCGGUACCGUAUUGGGAGAAAAUCCUAGUUCUCGAAAUGUUCAAGAAUGUAUUUUCAAAAUUUGAUGUUGUAAAGGCGAUUUAUGAAAAUUACGACCACGAUGAGCUGAAAAAGGAUGUGUUAAAGGAAUUGUUUACCGUUCUCAAUUCUUACUUGCAAAAUGAUAAUCUGUUGAAGGAUGAGGCUUUAGGAUAUGGUGAUGUGCAGGAUAUAACAACCUACAAUCACCAUUCCACGCUGGAUCUACUGAACACAGUUCCCUUUUCACGGAAGAACUUCAAGAUUCUGUUACUUGAUCAUUUGGAUAAGACGGAACCACAAACAAACAUCCCUGGCUCGUACACCCAGUACCUCAUCUUUGAAAUACUCGUCAACUAUUGCAAUGGAGUGUCCCAUUUCGUUACAACAUUGCUGGACAACACUUCUAAUGAGCAAGUCUUGGAAGAAGAUGUUGACUUUAUUAAUGCUAUCUUGGCGUCCACUGCUUCUGAAGUGAGCCAUUUGUUUAAAAGGUUUAUUUACGCUCAAUUGGAUGAUGAAUUGUUUCGUACCUUGUUGACUUCGUUUCAGAAAUUUGCCCAUUCUGUGGGGCUCUUGGGGUUGAACUCGAUACGAAAUGAGUUGCUUUCACAACUUGCAAAAGCAGCCAUAGUGAGUGUUAACAGUACCACACCUACCAAAGAAGAUAAUGAGUCUUCUUCGUUGUACGAUGAUUCAAAGAAGCACCUAUUGGCACUUGGUGGAUCAUUGGCCGAGUCAGUCAUCUCAAGUAGGAUAUCAAUGAGAAGUGAAAGUAAUGGUGCAAACAACACUUUACAACAGGAGAAUCUGAUCAGUUCCAACUACUUCAACUCGCGUCAUGUCCUUUGUUUGAGAACAUUGUUGAACUUGGCCAUUUCAUUGGGGUCAACGCUUGGUGAAUCUUGGGCAAUCAUUUGGAUUACGUCACAGUGGUGUGCGUGCUACCUCUACGGCCCAGAUGAGUAUAGCAACUUCUCGAGGUCUAAACAAAGUCAAGAAUUGGGGGUACCGGUCCCACAACAGCAACUAUCGGAAACUGAUUAUGGGAUUAUCCAAGCGUCGUUGAGGUCGCUUUUCGAAAAUAUAAGUAGUUAUGAACUGGACUCGUUUAAGCAGCUAUUGGCGUGUCUUAUUGAGUUGAAUGACAUUGCGUUUUCGGAAGAUGUUGAAAAAGUCGUCAAGCUAGGUUUGUCUGAAUCUCCCUUCAACAAGGCGUAUUUUUUGCAAAAGAUAUUCCAAAUUUGUCGACUUGCGCCAGCAAAGUUUUUAAUCGAGGAUGAUGCUGGCAUUUGGGAGUUAGUGACAUCGUACAUAACCAAGUUUGGAUCCAAAAGAAAUUUGCAUCCAAAGUUGCGGCUAUACGUUGCAGAGUCAUUUGGAAAUAUAGUAGAGGCAUUAGCAAGUGCAGGAUUCAAAGAUGAUUCAAUAGCUCAAAUUACCGCAACGAGGACUUUGGAAGGAUUACAUCAGUACAUUACACCGUUGUUUGAACAAGGUCCUCCCAAGGAGUUAUUGACUUUGAACUGUGAGACGGAGAUUCACUUGUCAGUAUUGACAAAAUUGCACUCAUUGAUUGACAAUUACGAUACGCAUUAUCAAGGUUCAUGGGCCCAAGUAUUUGAAGUUCUCAAUACUCCAUUCAAGGCGGUGGAAUCUGAUGAUGUUAAUUUACGGGAGAAGUUGCAAUACCUUGUGGAAAAGUCGUUUGAUACUUUGAAAUUGAUACUUGAUGAGUUUUUGUCGUCUUUGCCAUUUAAGCAAUUCAAGUACCUUAUUGAUACUUUGGUCAACUUUUCGUCCCAAACAUAUGAUCUCAACAUCUCAUUUAGCUCAGUUAGUUAUUUUUGGCUCAUUAGUGACUCCUUGAAGUCAAGAUUAGGACACUUUGAAGGUCAUAAAAGUAUGCCAAUUGAUAUCGAACUGGAAAAUGAACUUGUUGCAUUUAUUGACAGUAAUGACGAAUCGUAUCAAUCUUAUGUUUGUCUUGAAGUAUAUUUAUUAUUUUGUUUGGCGAAAUUGUCUCAACAAGAAACUAAUCGUGCACAAGUGAGAGAUGGUGCUCUACAAACUUUUUUCCAAAUUGUUGACGUACAUGGCCCCGCUUUGGAGCAGAGUUGGGACGUGGUGCAUUUGUUGGUAUUGCCAUGUUUAUUUAGUAUUGGGAUUACGUCAACUACGGAAGCAACUAUUACCCCAAAGGAGUCCUUGGAAACGAUUCGGUUGUUGUUGGAAGGAUUCACUAAUAUGUAUCGCAAAUUUUUCACCACCGCCGAUAAAACUAGUGAGUUUCAAGAUAGAUGGCAGAAAAUCUUUGAUUACAUGGAAAAGUUGUUGAGUUUGAAGCAUAUUGAAAUAAACCUGAUUGUAUUCAAGUCCAUUCGAGAUCUAAUUGAUCCUUCAACUGACAUAAGCACAAGAGAGAUUCGUCUGGCAUUGUUCAAGUUAUGGACGGGUUAUACCAUUGAGUAUGAUUUAGUAAAUUCAAGUUAUCAAGACUCGCUUGUGCAGUAUAUGCAGUGUUUCCCACCAUUGUACAAGAUUAUUCAAUCUGAGUUGAAUUUGCAGGAAGUUAACAAAAUUGUUGAUAUUUUCAACAAAGGAGCUAGGUAUCCCGUGUUGCCAUUGCACCAAUCUGACAUUAAUAAACCCAGUAAACUACAAUCGGCAAUAUUGGCAAACAUUGGCGUUUUGGACAAGGAUGAUUUGGAAAUACAAGCGUCAGUGGUGCAGCUACUUACAAAUAUAAUUAUCUAUCCAUGUGGGGUCCGAAUGAGAAUUGAGCAGAAGUUUCACAACAAUGCAUUUGUGCAAAAGAACUAUCAGAUACCUACAUUUGUUGCCGUUAGUCAUUUGGGAUUACAGUUGAUGAGAAGCAAGUUUGAAGAAUUUGGCUAUACGCAAGUGUUGACGGAUGAACAGGGGAUCAUCAAGACUUUAAAAGCGCUUAUUGAAGUUGUUGAGAAGAAGUUGUCUGGUAUUUCAACAACCUCUUCAGCACUGUCACUGCAGACUCCACUUUGGAGCGAAGCUCACCAGGUGUUGAAGACCCUUGUGGAGAAAUUGAUCAAUGGGCAAGAAGGACAAUUGAGUAGUGAAGUUUGGACUUUACUUGUGCAAUCUAUGAUGGUUACAUUUGCUUUUAGAUUGGAUGUUGAUUUAUCGGCUGAUGACUCAAAUGUUAAAAUUGCUCAUUAUCAAGAGUUGAGCAGAGUGAUUGUGCCGAGCUUGAUCAAAAAUGACAAUCUGUUGAUAUUGGAACUUGCACGUAAAAUGUAUGACAAUUCAUACCUUUACAAUCUCAAUGCCGAUGAAGAGGAACUUAUUUUGAACAGUAGUGUCACGAAGAAUGACAUACAAGCCAUUGACAAUUUAACCUCCUUCCAAUUUGAUGAGUUUUUCAGUACGACUGAAAGUUUACGAUUUUUCCCCAAUACGAGGAUCAGAUUCAAUUGUUUAUUGCAAUUGUUUGAGUUGCUGCAAUUUGAAACCAAGUUCAAGCCUGAUAUAGAGAUUUAUCUUUUGAGAAGGAUUAGUUUUACAUUGAGGAGGGCAGUUGCUGAUUUGAGAUUGAGUGGUGGUAGACCUUUGCCUCGAUUUCAACAGGAUGAAAUAGUGACUAUACUUGAGCAAUUGCAAGACAAGUUGCUGAAGGAAAGUGAUUCUUUGUCCCGUGGUAAUAUGCAAGAGUUUAAGAAAUUGAAUCGGUUAUUGGUGUUGCUUAGUCCGUUUGCAGAUAAGUUAGGUGAGAGAAAGUCACUUAUUCCUGAGCUUUUGAUGAAGUGUAUAUAG